AUGACCAUUUUCGGCACAAACGGCCGAAAUACGUUCAACAAGCUCAGUUUGCCGGCCCCGUCGCCUUCAAAGCGGUUGAGCCGCUACUCAACAACUACCCGCCGAUUCACCACCCCCAUCCACAGCAUCCGCAUCAUCAUCAUCAUCACCAUCCGUGCCACUCACCUCACCGCUACCCUUCUCCGCGACCUCAUGUUUCCUCACCCGAGCCAGCCAGCACCACUGCCGCCCCGGCGAUGGAACGCACCGCCUCCGGCCACUCCCUCCGCCCGGACGCAACCGAGGGUUUCCGCCGGCGCAACCCAGACUCCAAGCACGAGCGCAUUCUCCGGAGUAUCAUCAACCCGCGGCCCCGGCGCCACCCCCACCCAGGCGGCCACUCCCACCGCCACUCCCACUCCCGCUCUCACUCUCAUUCCCGCUCUCACUCCCACUCCCGCUCCCACUCCCACUCCCGCAACCCCCAUCACCAUCUCCCCGACCACUGUACCAACACCAACAACAUCGACAACUUCACCACCCCCACCCCAACCGGCAACACCACCACCCGCCACCACCACUCCCAACCCCGAAGACGCCGAAUACCCCCUCGACAACGACGCGCUCGAAUCCAUCUUCUCCGCCGCCAACGAGAUCUUCUUCAACGGCCGCCUCAGCCAGCGCGUCGCCUGGGACUGGUCGCACGCCUCCUCCUCGCGCUACGACAGCCGCGUGAUCGGGACGACGGCGCUGCGGCGCGCGGCGGCCCACACGCGCGGCUUCGAGACCCUGAUCGUGCUGUCGGCGUCGAUUUUGCGCGGGGGGGGUUUUAGUCGGAGGCUGUUGAUCAAGGGGGAGAAGGGGGUUGAAUGGGGAUCGGGAUCGGGAUGGGGGCAGGUUUGGGGUGCGCCGCCGAAUGUUUAUCCGUGUUCGGGUAUGGCUGCGGAGCAGGAGGAGUAUGCUGCUGCUCCUGGCUCUGCGGCUGCUGUCGCUGCGUUCCCCGGUCCCGUAACGCAGGAAAUGGUGUAUUUUGGGACGGGCGGCGGCGGCAAUGUGCCGGUUGCUGGCCAGGAGGCGGUUCAUUACGCCCGGGGCUCGCCCAGCCCCAGGCCCGGCACCCCUACCCGCGAGAUGGUGUACUUUGGGCGUGGCUCCCCGAGCCCGAGGCCUGGUACGCCCACCCGGGAGAUGGUGCAGUACGGCGACCGCGGUUUGAGCAGCAGCGGCAGCAACGGAAGCAACGUGUGGUGGAGGCAUCGCCGAGCAGGUCGGCCCCUUUACGUUUACAGUGGCGACAAGCCUUCGCCGUCCUACGUUUAUACGCAUCCGACGGGGCAGAGGCCAUGA